CGAAUAGCUUUUAGUGAGAUACAGCUAUUAAGAGAAUGGUGAUGGAAAUUAUUUUAACAAUUGUGAGCCCGGGGGCCGGUUCAUUAGGUUUCCUCUCCUGGGAUGGUUAUUAUGCGUUCUAUCAACCCGCGUGUACGCGGGACCUGAUAUUUCAUUUCUUUAUUUUAAAUUCGAGCCCAAUAUAUUUGUGCAUUCACUUAUUGCAGGCGCUAUUACAGGGAAGGUUUUGGGCGCGGAGCUGGAGGCGGGUUUUCUUCCUCUCGGAGUUUCAGUGGAAUUCCCGGCACCGGAGUGAGCUGACGGGAACUGCCCCCAGCUCCCUCUCUCUUUCCCAGUCUGUCCCGGCUCCUGAGACUCUUGAGGGCUGCGGCCACAGGGAGCCUUGCGUUGAACCACGGGACAGGGGAAAUAACCGGGCGAGUAGAACACAGCGCCUCUGUUCGCGAUCUGGAAUUCACAGCAAGCCUGGAUACUGGAAUCAGAGCCGAGCCAAGCUCCCUCAUUUAAAUGAAACCGCUCCCAAUUGCAGACAGGUUGAAAGUGUCAGCACAGAAGAUGGAUUACCAGAAGGGAGGAGGACUGGCAAGCUUCUUCGCAGAAGUUCAUUGGAAUAAUUAAACUUUAAAACUCGCGGGAAAAUCAAAGGUUUUUAAGAGAGACAAAGCGGAGCAGAGGAGAGUAUAAAGACUGCUGGGGGCAAGGAUCGGGAGGAUGUCUUCAAGUCUAACUUGCGCCGGGGUGCUGUGGGCCGUGCUUUCCCUGCUAUGUGCCGCUGCCUCCUGCACUGGUUUCUUCAUGCCUUACUGGCUGCUGGGCUCCCAGCUCGACAAGCCGGUCAGUUUCGGCGUCUUCCGCCGCUGCACCUACCCGGUGCGCCAGGAUGACCACCCGCAGUCGGUGGUGAUGGUGGAGCAGUGCGGCAGGUACGCGACCUUCCUGGGCAUCCCCAGCCUGGCGUGGAAGAUCUGCUCGGUGGUGACCGGCGUGGGCUGCGGUCUGCUGCUGCUGGUGGCGCUCACCGCUAUCAUGGGCUGCUGCGUCUCCGAACUCAUCUCUCGGACCGUGGGCAGGGUGGCUGGAGGCAUUCAGUUUGUGGGAGGUCUGCUGAUCGGUUCAGGCUGUGCCCUGUAUCCUCUGGGCUGGAACAGUGAAGAAGUUCGACAGACGUGCAGCAACCUCUCAGACCAGUUUGAGCUCGGCUCAUGUCAGCUGGGAUGGGCCUAUUACUGUACCGGGGCCGGGGCAGCGGCUGCAAUGCUUCUCUGCACUUGGCUGGCUUGCUUUGCCGGUAAAAAACAGAAACACUAUCCGUACUGAAACCCCAAAUAAGGACAAAGAUGUUUCUGAGCAAGAGAACUGUGGAGGAGUAAAGUUGAGAGCAAAAUAUUUUCUGGGAACUUUUCCAAAUGUUUCCUCAUUGAACUUGCUGCAUUUUGCUUUCUACAUCGGAAGGAAGGAAAAAAUUCCAAACUGAAAAUGACUCGGAGUGGAAGACUUCUGCCUGGUGUUUAUUUGAUAUUUUUUCUUGUUAUGUGCUUGUUUCUCAGAAAUAUGGUCUUUCAACUCUUUCAAGAGGAAGGAAAGUCCUUCAUAAAAUGUCUGUUCAAAGUGCUCCUUGCUCAAGCUUUCUCCUGCUUAAUAGAAUAACCAAAGCGUAAAUGCUAGUGAUGUUUUAAAUAUAAAUGGAACCCCGGAGGGGACCUUUCCUGUUUGCUCAGACAGUGAGGCAUCUUUCAUGGGUAAUAUCCUAAGAUGACUCCUUUAUAAGGAGCAGGAGAGGGCAUAGGGGUUUGCUGAACACACCAAGCCAAUGGCUUUGGGGCAUCUGCCAGAUAAGUUCUCAACCUCUGCUGUACACAGGCGCCACCCUCCAUCAGUGGAAAUGCAAUCAUCAUGCUAGCAAUAAUAUUUUCAAUUACUUUUGAAAUGAUGAGUAAUUUUGUCUGAUAAAAGAAUGGAGCACUUUGAAUAAAAUUUACUCCCUUUAGACUUUUCUUUGCCUUUAAGUAAGAUGUUUCAAGGACCAAGUUUACUAGUAAAAUCUUUUUUUACUUGUAUGUACAUAAUUUUAUAUGUAAUGUAUAAUUAUAUAUUCGUACACACAGCAAACACUUGGUAUUCACACAAUUCCAGUUUGAGGAAAAAACAUUGUCUCACAGAACUAAAUAUUAGUCAAUGUACUUAAUAGAAUGGUUCAUGUAUCAUGUUAUCAGUUCCAGCUAGACUGUAUUCAAUAUAUAUCCAGUUCUGUAUAUAUGUUUGUAAGGUACAACUUUGUCAGUGUUGUUGCUGUUACAACAUACAGGUAACAGUACCUUUCUGUGCGGUUAUGUAACCGAUCUUCUUCUAAAGAGGGUUGGGCUGGACCUCCAUCAAAUGCUCUCCAACUCUGCUGUAAAUCUGUCCAGUGUUCUGCGUUCAGGCGAGAGUGUUUGCUGGUGGUCACUUCAGCGUCAGCAGGUGGGAAGACAUGGCACAUCCCUUCCCCCAACACCAACACUGCAACAUAACUGACCCCGGGACGCCAGCAGAACUGCGGGAAGGUUACAGGGGCCACAAAGAAAUUAACGCAGUGAUUGUGCUGAGUCUGCACACAUUUCAAUUUCUGUCUCUGCUCUCAUUCGCUUUCAGAGUCGGAAUCCAGUUUAAUAUCACUGGUAAGUGCCGUGAAAUGUGCUGACUUUGUAGCAGCAAUACAAUGCAAUACAUAAUAUUUAAAAAACUGCAAAUUACAGUAGGUAUAUAUAUUAAAUGGUUAAAUUAAGUAAGUAGUGAAUAAAAAAGAAGUAAAGUAGUGAGGUAGUGUCCAAGGGUUCAAUGCUCAUUCAGAAAUUGGAUGGCAGAGGGGAAGUAGCUGUUCCUGAAUCACUGAGUUUGUGGGCCUUCAGGCUUCUGUACCUCCUUCCUCAUGGUAGCAAUGAAAAGAGGAAAUGUCCUGGGCGAUGCGGGUCCUUAAUGAUGGACGCUGCCUUUUUGAGGCACCGCUCCUUAAAGAUGUCCAGGAUGCUACAGAGGCUAAUGCUCCUGGGGAACUGACUAAUUUUACAACCCUCUGCAGCCUAUUUUGAUCCUGUGCAGUAGCUCCCCCCCACCCCCAUACCAGACGGUGAUGCAGGCAGUCAGAAUGUUCUCCGUGAGACAUCUUUAGGAAUUUGGAAUUCUGGGCAGUUCAGAGAGACAGUGACUGUGGAUCACAUUCUGCUUGGCUGUAUUGUUUAUUGACCAGACCCAGCAAACCUAUAGAGUGACGGUCAAAAAUCCAAGUCCCUUUGCAGGUGAAAUGAUUUUCCUUCAGAGUGUUGUGAAUCUUUGGAAUGGUAGUUCCGAUGGAGUCUUUGAUUUAUGAGGUUAAAGGCUAGUGGAAUCUUGAUAACUAGAAAGCAAAAUGUGAUUAGAUUGAAAGGUCAAGUUGAAAUUAUAAUCAAAUCAGUUGGCAGAGUAGCCUUGAGGAGCUACUGUAAGUAUACAACUCAGUUUAGAUUUAAGACACAAACAGAACAGCCUCAAUGACCAAUUAAACUUUGUGCCUAAAGGAGAUUUGAGAUUUGGAUCCAAAUGUGAGACUAUUGAGUAACAUUGAGAAUAAAUAUUCCUGUCACAACUGCUAUAUACUUGCAAUGCUGUUAAAUUGAAAGGCUACACUCAGUGUCCUCUUUAUUCAGUACAGUAGUAGAACCUGGUGGGGUCUUUUACUGCUGUAGUCCAUUCAUCUCAAGGGUCAAUGUGUUGUGCAUUCAGAGAUGUUUCUCUGCACACCACUGUGGAAACGCAUGGUUGUUUGAGCUACUGUCACCUUCCUGCCAGCUUGAAUCAGUCUGGCCUUUCUCCUUUCACCCACAGAACUGCUGCACACUGAAGGUUUUUUUUUGUUUUAUGCACCAUUCUCUGUAAACUCUAGAUAUUGCUGUAUAUAAAAAAAAUCUCAGGAGAUUAGCAGUUUCUGAGAUACUCAAACCACCCCAUCUGGCACCAACUCUCAGUCUGUGGUCACAGUCACUUAGAUCACAUUUCUUCUCCAUUCUGAUGUUUGGCUGGAAUAACAAAUGAACCUCUUGUCAAUGUCUGCAUGCUUUUAUUCAUUGAGAUGUUGCCAUAUGAUUAACUGAUUAGAUAUUUGAAUUACUGAGCAGUUGUACCUAAUAAAGUGGCCACUGAGUGUAUAUGUAACUUGAAACACUAAGUGUUUUGACCUAACUGAUUUCCACAUUACAGCCUCAAGCAAAAUGUGAGUCACAGUGUCUCUCUGAGCUGCCUGAAAUUCUAGUCAGGUCCAAGUGGCAGAAAAAGAAAAGCUUUUUUUGAGUAGAAACUUAACUUGAAAUGAUUGCAGACCCAGUACAAUCACUGCAUGCAUUUCUUAAUAUGUGCUAAGGAAGCACAAUUCGAAAUGCUUGCAAAAUGUUUAACGUCUAUUAUGAUCGGUAACUGCAAUGUCCCGAGUAGACCCCCAACUCUGUCAAAUUUAAUAAUUAAUCAUUCUUAGUACAAAUGCUUCAUCUCUCAGCAUCAAACAUUGUUUAUUUUUCAUUGAGGACAUAGAAUAUCAUGAUAUCAUUAAUUGAAGGCACUUGGCUUUAUUUGAAAUGUAGUUACACUCAAACUCCUCCACACCCUAGUUGGUGAAGGUGGAGGGCUGGAUAUUACUCUAUACAUCAAGUGGCAUCAGCACACAUUUAUAGUUUACAGAUGAUGAUUGUUUAGUCAAGAGGAAUGCUCACAGCCCUUUAUAGCAAUACGUAUGAAGAGAGUGGACCUGGACAUAGUGAAUUAUAAAACUGAGCAAUCGUGAAAUUAGAGACUGGGAGUUUAUAGGGUAAACAAAUAAAAUGACAAUGGGUGGAAUCUGGAACAAAAACAGAAAUGUGCGAAGGAUGCAGCCAUUGAAGCAGCAUCUGUAGAAACAGUUGAAGUUUUGGGUCAAUUAAUUUUUCUGAGAAGUAACUGGUUUCUCUUUCCACUGACUGAGCUCUUUCAUCAUAUUUGAUUUUAAUAUAGGACAGAAUAAGAAAGAAUAGGAAUUAGAUGCAAUGAGAACCCUUCUAAAGCAUGGAUAUUAGAUGUUAUAUUCUGCAUGUGGAAGCCUCCACACUUAAGGAUAUUGAACUCAGUGAUGAACUAAGAUUAAUGAAGGACAUGGGGACAUGUAUGGUUCAGCCAAUUUGUUACUGUACACAUUGUACUGCAAUCAGGCUCUCAUGUAAUCACAAACACAAGGGAUUCUGCAGAUGCUGGAAAUCCAGAGUAACACACGCACACAAAAUGCUGGAGGACCUCAGCAGGUCAGGCAGCAUCUGUGGAAAGAAAUGAAGAAUCAAUGUUUCAGGCCGAGGGCCUUCAUCCUGAAACAUCAAUUCUUUAUUCUUUUUCUUAGAUGCUGCCUGAUCUGCUGAGUUCGUCCAGCAUUUUGUGUGUGUUAGUGUAAUCGCAAAGUGAACUACAAAGACUGUCAGCAUAACUCUAAUAUGUAAAAGACAGAGACGUUCUUAGUUUGACAGGAUGGUGUUUUUUUUAAGUUUCUAAGGUCUGAAGGACCGUGUUGUGAAGUUAUGGGAUAAAAUGAAAUGCAUCUUGUCAGCUGCAGCCUUGUUACGCUUACUGAAUGCAAACUGAUUCAGGGUGACGAUGAUCAGGAAAAUAAAGACUCUCAUUUAUUGAGUGCCUUUUAUGUCUGUUCCAAGACAUCACAAAGCAACCUGCACCCACUGAAAUGCAUUUUGCAGCAGGGAACUGCCGUGAUUGGUCCUUUGUUGAUCAAUUUCCAGUGGCUGGAGUACCGAGGAUGAGAACCAGGCAGAGAUUUUCCACAUGUUAACUGCAAUCACUAUAUGGGUUAAUGAAAAGUGACAACACAGUAACAAACAAGACGUGCAAACCAACUUAUCAAACCAUUUAACGUGGCCUUCCCACCAACCCAUCCCUCUGCCCACCUCACUGCCCCUUGCAGGUCAUUUUUGGUAUUACCACGGAAAUACAGAAUUAAGCAGGGAGUGGCCUGUGACCCAACACUAGCGUAUACAGAGGGUUUCACCAAAAGAUUAAUGGAGUUGAAUAGUUGAGGGGAUCUGCUAGGUGUGGUAGCAAAGAAAAACUAUGUACAUCUUUACCUAACAACUUCACCAUUAGCAAACUUUCCAACCCAUCAGGUAACUUCAGGCUGCGUACAAUUCAGAAGGUGCAUUAUAUUGCACUGAUUCCUCUUGCUGCUGUCAUCAUCACUUCCAUACUGGAUCUCUCCUGAAUACAAAUCUUUGUAUCUUAAUGUUCUGCAAUUUAUCAAUGUAAAUGUUAUAUGAUCAAUUUGUGAUAAGCAUCAUCUACAUUUGCUCAGUCUAUUAAAAUUCUAGUUGCCUUUA